AUGCCGCCUUUAUAUCAAUUCUACGUCAACAAAGCCGAAGCAUGGGCUGGCACUGAGUCUGCAACAACCAGAUCUGGCCAGCACCACUGCUCAGAGGCCGCGGGCCCACAACACACCGACCACGAUGUCGAACUCAUUCAGCAAAUGAUCGACAGCAAGCUCAUCAGCCUUCAAGAUGUCUUACGUCAACAUGCGCUCUUCCAUGAAGCUACUGCCGGCUCUGGUGCUCCUCCUGCGUCUGACCAUCUGGUCUCAGCCGAUUGUGGUGUCGAUGCGCCUUCACGAACUUCAAAUAUGGCUGGUCGAUCCACGGUCAAUGCUGAGCACCAUGCUGCACCAGCCGAUCACCACGAAGCCAUGACUGAGCAUGCGGCCACGGCCGAUCACCAAGAAGCCAUGACUGAGCAUGCGGCCACGGCCGAUCACCAAGAAGCCAUGACUGAGCAGGCGGCCACGGCCGAUCACCAAGAAGCCAUGACUGAGCAUGCGGCCACGGCCGAUCACCACGAAGCCAUGACUGAGCAUGCGGCCACGGCCGAUCACCACGAAGCCAUGACUGAACAUGCGGCCACGGCCGAUCAUCACGAAGCCAGGACUGAGCAUGCGGCCACGGCCGAUCAAGGCAAUGCACACCCAAGCAGCCUUCGGUCACCUGUCUCCAGGCAAAAGGAGAACCUCCCUGUCGUCGGUCGCCGCUUGAAGGCUAACGCGCUCAUUACUCGGUAUGAACAACGUGGCAACAAUCGCUCUCUGGCGCCAACCUUCAAACAGCCGACACUUUUCCAUUACGGCGCGCAUCGGAUGCCAGGAAGCUCUUCGUUCCAAGAGAUCACAUCUCUGUCACCAAGUCUUGGUCACCAUGCUGCAUCAGCAGAUCCUCCUCCAGGCCCACCAAAUUUUGGUCACCAUGCUGCACCAGCAGACAUGUCGCCGUACCGUGGACCAUUCACGAUCUCGACGCUGGUUGCACAUUUUGCCCCACCACCACGUCCGAUCAUCGACAGUGUCUGGACUCCUGCGAUAUUCCCAGCCAAUCCUGGUAACUCUAAUGAUCGGAAUGUUGUCCUUGAUGGAGGUUGGAGAGAUGAACUGCGUACCUUCUUGGAUUUCAACAACCAUGGCAGUACUACCGAAAUCUUGCCUACGUUGAGCGAUUGGUUCCUACAGGCACGCCGCCGCCGCAACGUUAAGGAUAUUGCCAAUCUCCCUGUUCGACAACAAGCUGAACUCCUAGUGCCUAUGUCUGAUCUCCGGGACACCUGGAUCAUAUGGGAGGCGCAUUCAAGAGACCCAAAUCGCCUUAGUUGGGGCAACGCCAACAAUGGUCCAAGACCCGAUACACUCUGCCAUGAUGCCGUCUUGCGUUUCGGAUGCAGCUCCUUCCACCGCGCUCCAUUGCAUCCUAUCAGGAAUGUCACAAAAUUCGCUCGUGCCUUCACCAAGGGAGGUGUCAUGUACCCACGACCUAAGCCUCUUCGAGAUGGAUACAUCCCUUGCGGCUUGGCCCAUCCGUUCUCUGGCUCCCCAGAGCCAUGCUCAGAUCCAUCUUGCGGCUCAGCCGAUCCAUCCAGCUCCCAACUUCCAUAUUGCGGCUCGGCCGAUCAUGCUGUCACGCCUGGCGACUGGUAUGAUGUGCCUGGGGACAUCCAAUUGCCAUUCGACUUCGAGAAGUAUGACAUGCACCGCCAACCUAAAGUGCCUGGUGGUCUUUCGCGUGCCAAGAGCUGCGUCUCUACUCUCCCGGAUGUCUUUUACGACUGGAAGUUCCGUGCCUGGCUGGCCGACCGCGUGUUCUUCUUGUUGCGCCAGAUCUGUCCUCAUCUCAAGCCAUGGAAAUACCAUCAGUCAAUCUGCGAUACCAAUCCAGAGGUCCUCGCCGAUCCUAAUCAUUGGUCCAGUCCUGCACGCGAUCGCAAUGUCGAUGUCGAUGACCCCGACAUCAACAUUGGCUACUUCGACUUUGACGCAUACUGCGACCCUCACGGGCUGGAGCGUGCGUCCCUCAGCUGGCCAAUGUUUGCACAACUCGGAUGCGGUCUCAUUUCCCAUCAGGACUGGGUACACAUCGCUAUACUCCGCUAUGGCCGUCGGGAUCUCAUUGACGGCGCCCGUAAGAUGCUCCUCGUCGCCAGUCACAUAGCCAGUCGUUCAACAAUGAGCGUUCGCGCUGCCACAAGCGGCCAAACUAUGUCCGUCGGUCCUAUUGAUGCUCAGAUGCCCACCACAUUAUUCGACGUGCCCGUCAGCUGCAUCGCCUUGUCAUUGGUCUCUGGGCCACCAUACAGUCGCAAGAUCAAUGCAUCGUUCUUGGGCUAUCGGUAUUGGAUCACAGAAGGCAGUGGCACAAGACCACAGAGAGAAAUAUUGGGGUGGUUUGGGAAUGCGUCCUCUCUGUCUGCUUCACAUAUCAAGAGCUUGCGCGCUCCAAAGUGGUUGAAGCUGAGUGGCGAGAAUACGUACGGCAGCGUACAAACCCUGAAGACCAUUGGAGGCGAGAUGGUUUUCCUCCAUCAGGUGCGUGUUGUCUUGCUCGAGCUGGUAGAUUGCGCCAUAUUUCUCAUCGGCAGGCAGGUCUGUCAUUUGUGCACGGAUGAGAUUCAUCCACUUGGGAAGAUUGGUGUUGCGGGUAAGACACGGAACAGCGACGAUAAAGACGUUGCCACGACGCAAUUGCCAUACCAUCACGAACCACUGAUCGGUAACGUCCGCAAUGAAUUGGUCGAUCAUGAGCAGCAGAGGCUAUGCGUUCGUGUGGAACUCUGCAAGCACCGGGGAGAUGGAGUUUGGCUACCUGAGGAAUCGAUUUACAUCUCGAUCAACCACAUUGCACCUCAAGGAGACUAUGACCUGCUUCAGCGUCGCCUGCCUGCAGUCACAGGCCGCGCACCAACACCGCCAGACUUUUCGCUGGGGUAUCUACACCGCAAGCUCAGAUAUGAAAACCAGACCGAGUUCAUCCAGCUGGCUCAAAACUUCCACGAUUACGACAUUCCAGUCUCGAUGCUUGUGAUCGACUAUCAUUCGUGGGCACGAUCUAAGCUGCGGUCGCCGUAUCAAACACAUCACGCUGGUCUCAGCCUUGGCUUUGAGAGCCGACAAGCUUUUCUUUUGAUACAGUGGCUGACACUCAAAGUGAAAGAGCUGACCGGUGCUGAAAUUAUGGCAUCCCUCUGGCCGAGUUCAUUGCUCAAAGCCAACUACUUCGACCAAGGCAUCAAGAAUUUCUGCAUCGACCAAGCAGAUGGCCGCAACUUGGGCGAAGCAUACAGCAAUAAUGGCAUGUCGGAUUUUGUCCACUCACCACCCUACCCAAUCUCAGACGUGCUCUAUUACGCCGGCACUCAGACCUCUGCUGGUAAGCUCUACCCAUGGGAACAUCAGCAAGCGAUCGAAAACGGCCUUCGUAACGCCACGGGCACGAAAAUGGGCGAGCCGUGGCAAUAUCUAUCACUUUCUCGCUCGGGCUACAUCGGUUCGCAAAGAUUCUGCUCGAUGAUCUGGUCAGGAGACACGACCUCGGUAUGGGAGACGCUCGCAGCUCAAGUCGCUUCUGGGCUCUCAGCUGCCGCUACUGGCUGGAGUUGGUGGACACUCGAUCUCGGAGGCUUUCAGGGCGAUCCGACAAUUGACUGGAGCAGCAAUGUUGAUGAAGAAGCCUAUCGAGAACUGUACGUUCGAUGGCUGCAAUGGGGCACAUUCUUGCCAUUUAUGCGUAACCUGAUUGAAGUUGCCCACCUAGCACGGCGCUCGCUCUUGAAAUAUGGAGAGCACAAUCUCCCAAUUAUCAAGUCCUACAUCAAUCUCCGCUACCAACUCAAGCCUUACGUCAAAGCUCUGUUCGACCAGUUUAGCUUGACAGGGCGCAUGAUUAUGAGGCCUCUGUGCAUGGAUUUCUCAGUCUCGGAUCCGAACAUUCUCCUCUACUCGGCGAACAACUCCAACUACACUACUCAGCAGUACAUGUUUGGACCAAGUGUGUUGGUCACGCCUGUCACGUUGCCCAAUAUGACGGAAUGGACUGUCUAUUUGCCUAAAACAAAGGCGGAGGCUGCCAUCCCGACUGGCCAUGGCGGCUUCAAUGCUACGGCAACAACGAAGCCUUGGACGUACUGGUGGACCCAUGAGUUGUUUGCUGGUGGACGGGAGGUGACCGUACCUGCGCCUUUGGAGCACAUCCCGGUCUUCUUCCUGGGAAAUAGAGAGCAGAUCAUGAAUUGCAUGUCGGACUCCAGCUGA